UAUUAUUAUUACAGUAUUAUUAUUGAAUAAUGUUUCGCAUGUAAGAAGAAUAUUGGGAAAGUGGCGCCAUGUCAUCUACCGGCCAAAGUUCUCGUGGUCCUUGUUUGGAUGUGAUUACUCCAAUGGAUUUUCUAAGAAAGGAAGGUUAUCGAGUAGGAAAUAUAAUCGGUGAAGGAUGUUAUUGUAAAGUUAGAAAAGCAGAAAAAAAUGGAGAGAAACUGGCAAUUAAAAUCAUAUCUAGAAACAAAAAAUCUAAGGAAUAUAUUAAUAAAUUUUUACCACGUGAGCUGGAAAUUAUAUCUGAAAUAAAGCAUCCUCAUAUUGCCCUGAUUAAACGCAUAAUAGACUUUGGCCAUUACGUUUAUAUCAUUAUGGAAUUAGCUGAAAACGGUGAUCUACUUAAUCAUAUAAUGCAUCAUCGUUUCGUCCCAGAAGAUCGUGCCAGAAAAUAUUUCUUCCAAUUGGUUCAAGCUGUAGACUAUCUUCAUAAAAAGAACAUCAGCCAUCGUGACUUGAAAUGCGAAAAUUUACUUAUAACGAGCAAUGACGUAAUCAAAUUAACUGAUUUUGGCUUUUCGCGAAAAUGCAUCGAUCGCAAAACCGGUAGGAAAGUUCUCAGCGAAACUUAUUGCGGAAGUGCAGCAUACGCGGCUCCCGAAUUGUUGCGUGGUACCCCAUAUAAUCCAAUGAUGAAUGAUGUUUGGAGCAUGGGUUGCAUUCUGUUCAUUAUGGUCACAGGUACCAUGCCAUUCGACGAUUCCAAUCCACAAAAAAUGAUCCAACGUCAAUUGGACCGUCGCUUUCCUUAUCCUUCUUCACUGAAUAAAGAAAUAAGUAUGGAAUGCAAUGCACUGAUCGUUCGUAUUUUGGAACCUGAUGUCAUAAAAAGAGCUACAGUCGACCAAAUAAUAAGAAGCCCGUGGCUCUCUCGUCACAGAAAUAAAUCGAUGUCGUGCUGAUUUUCAACAGAAAUAUUUUUAUUCAGUACAAUAGCAAAUGACCAUUAAACGAUAUUUUUUAUACCACCGUGCAAUAGAAAAUUUUCGUUAAAUUACUUGACUUAUUAAUACAGAAUAUCCAGUGUUUGCUUGUUUGUAUAUAUACCUCAACGUGGGACGUUUAUUAUUAUUUAUUUAAACCAUGAUACAUAAAAUAAAUUUAAUAAUUAGUACGGAGUAUGCCAUUAUAUCUUGGAUUACGUAAAUAAAAUACUCGUAUGUUUUUUAGAUACUAUGAUUAAAUUAAUAACAAUGUUUAAUUGUUUUAUAAGCAUUUUUAUUAUAUUUAAAGUGAAUAUGCUAAAAUAAGUAGGGUUCAAUAAGUUCAAAAUCAGGAAUAGGGACAUGGCAAGUGAGCAUUGCGGUUAAAAAAUUAAAAAUUU